AUGUCUUCAAAGAAAAAGGGCAAGAGUAAGACUAAAGAGACAGCAGAGUCCAAAGUUUCAGCUAAUGAACCAUCAACUACCAUUGUCUUGACUGGUUUAACGCGUUUGUUGGGUAAAGCAUCUGAAUCAGUCGAACUCAAGAUUGAAGAUUUGGAUGAGAAACUGUUGAAAAGCAGAUUAGAUGCUUUAGAUAAAGAGUUGGCGAGGUAUCGCUCUGAAUGUGAAUACUACAAGAAAGAAAACGACUGGUAUCGUAAUGAAAUAGAUACGACAGAGCGAGAUGCGGCUGACUAUGUCCGAUAUCUGGAAUCCAAGAAGGCAGCCAGACAGGAUGCUAUAAAUCAGCUAGCGGACGCUGAGAAACGUGAUCUUGAUGCAUACAAGGCAGCUCGUGCGAUCAAGGAGCGUGAAAAUCUUGCUAGAAUUGAAGAUUUAAAGCAAGUCGCGGCUGAUUUGGAGAGUAAAAUCGAAGCAAAACAUACAGAAAUCGCAGAGUUGGGUGAUAUUGUGGCUCGACGAGACCAACAUCAAACAGAAAUCGCUCAAAUUCACAGGGACAUGAAGCAAGCUGCUGAAUCGCACGAAACAAAGAUUCUACAGCUAGAGCAACAGAUGAUGAACGAGCGAUUAGAACUGCAACAAGUAGCUGAUCAACGCGUCAAGGUGAUGGAGGCUGCUGCUCAUGAGAAAGCAAUACUGUACCUCCACCAGCACUACCAAGAACUUGAAGAGCAGAACAUCAAAAUGGAAUCAGAACUACGUCGCAUGGCGAUUAGUGCUCAAGAUUUGCUUACUAGCAAGCUGAAACUGGAGGAGCGUAAUCAGGAGCUGGCUAGAGAGCAUCGCGUGUUUUUGGAUGUUUCGAGGUUGCGACGUGAACGAGCUGCUAAAGAUCAAGCUCGAAGGGCGAUCAAGAAACAGCAGCUUGACAGGGAAGGGAUUGUGGUUGUUAGUGAGAGUAAUUAA